AAUGAUUUCUGUGUUUAUUUUUGCUGCCCGGAGGAGGUUGAUAUUGAUGCAACAAAUUCAUUGCCUUCAUCAUAAUCUAUAUGCACCUGUUUCAGUGUUCCAAUAAUCACUUGACACGACACCUCCUGAAAAUGGAAACGCAAGCCGAACAUAAUUAUAACUUGCUAUAAAUUGGAAACUCUUGAGUGUUAUUUAGGCCUCUACUCUUCCAACGGGUUCAUUAGGUCCUUGCUUUCAUUCUUUUUCUACCCAUUCAUUCACUUUCAUUCCUUCUAAAUGACUAUAUAUGUUUAGCAGCGUUCCAUGGUUAUCAUUUAUCCGCUUUGCCAAUGUGGAAACUUUUUAAGAUGGACACUGCUGAGAGGGCCAAUGGACCAAAAUAUGAGUGCCUGCUCUUUGACAUGGAUGAUACUCUGUACCCCAUGAGCUUGGGUCUCAACUUGGCUUGCCGCAAAAACAUUGAAGAGUUCAUGUUGCAUAAGCUACAUAUUGAAGAAAGUGAAGUUCCGAGGAUGUGCUUGGAAUUAUACAGGGAACAUGGAACAACAAUGGCCGGUCUAAAGGAUCUUGGCUAUGAGUUUGAUGACGAUGAGUUUCAUGCCUUCGUUCAUGGAAGAUUGCCUUACGAAACACUAAAGCCUGAUCCGGUGCUAAGGAACCUUCUACUUUCCUUGCCACAGCGUAAAAUAAUCUUCACAAACGCUGAUAAGGCGCAUGCAGCUGAAGUUCUCAAAAGAAUGGGAUUGGAAGAUUGUUUUGAGGGCGUCAUAUGCUAUGAAACCCUUAAUCCUCCUCUAGAAAAUGCAAAUAACAUGGAUGCAUUAGAUAAUGAUGCAGUGAUUGCAGGAGGUGAACCAGAGCCAAGUGACUUUGAUGGUACUGCUGCCACUGGAAGCAAAAAAAUAUUAAAAAAUGCAUUAGAUAAUGGUUUCAGCUCCAAGUCACGAAUCCUCUGUAAACCCUCUCUGGAGGCCAUCGAAGCAGCUAUUCAGAUUGCAAAUGUGGACCCAAAGAAGACAAUCUUCUUUGACGACAGUGCUCGAAACAUUGCUAGUGGGAAAGCAGCAGGACUUCGUACAGUUAUUGUAGGGAGCUCAGUCCUUGUUCCAGGUGCAGACCAUGGCUUGAGGAACAUCCACAAUAUCAAAGAAGCGAUACCUGAAAUAUGGGAGGACGAAGGAGAGCAGAGUGAGCAAGUUAUCCAGUCCACUGCAGUUGAAACUGUGGUCCAUGCUUAGGUUUUCCCUUCAGCUACCUCACAUUUACACAACAUCAAAUCUGGUCAUUGCUAGCAAAGUGACCUAAUGGCCAAAAGAUGAAAAGGAAAUAAAUUAAGUACUGAUGGUAAAUUCAGUCUUCAUGGAAAAAAUCUCUACCGUGAAACUUAUAGCUCAUUGUUUUUGUUAGGGGCAUGUGGCACAUUAUACUACAUAUGAAUUCAUAUGAAUUCAUGUAGCAUUGUUGAGUUAUCAAUGUGAUACAAAUGUUAUAUGCA